UUCAAGAUGGCGGUCGGGAUAGAAGCGCUAUGGAGUCUAAAGUAGAGGCAAGAAACAGGUUAAUCAAAAUAUAAAAAUAGUAUGCAGGAAGGUGAUAUACAGCCUUUGUAUUCAUCUGAUAAAAAUAAUAGGAUGGAAACGCGAGGGAUAGAACACCUGUUUGACUUCCAGAGGUUUCCUAAUGAUGGACUCCUCUUGCUGCUGCUCCUACUGUACGCCCCCGUCGGCCUGUGUCUGAUGCUGCUGAGAAUAUUCAUCGGCGUCCACGUGUUUUUAGUGAGCUGCGCCCUUCCGGACAGUUUGAUACGGAGAUUCAUUGUGCGGGUCAUGUGCUCCGUGCUGGGGAUGUACGUCAAACGGAGCAGCCCACGGUUACAGGACAGAAACGCCAGGCUAUACAUCUGCAACCAUGUGACGCUGUUCGACCACAACAUCCUGAACCUGCUUACCUCCUGUAACACGCCCAUGUUGCAGGGCUCCCCGGGGUUUGUGUGCUGGGCACGCGGGUUCAUGGAGUUUGCCACAGCGACAGGACGGGCAGAGCUUACAGAGGCGCUGAAGAGGUACUGCUCCACCCCCGACGUCCCGCCCCUGCUGCUCUUUCCUGAGGAGGACACCACGAAUGGCCGUGCUGGCCUACUAAAAUUCAGUUCCUGGCCCUUCUCUCUGGCCGACUCCAUUCAGCCUGUGGCCUUGCUGGUGAAGCGCCCGCUCGUUGCAGUGAGCGCGGUGGACUCCUCUUGGGUGGCAGAACUGUUGUGGACCCUGUUCGUCCCAUUUACAGUGUACCAAGUAAGGUGGCUUCCACCAGUGUCCCGACAAGAUGGAGAGUCGCCGCAAGAGUUUGCCGACAAAGUCCAGGAGCUUCUGGCUAUUGAGCUGGGCGUGGUCUCCACUCAGUUCACCAAAGCCGACAAAGCCGAACACAUCAAAAGGAAAAGACAUGUAGCACCGCGGACGACAAACUCAAAUCUAGGUGCCAGACCUCGCACCUCCCCACAGGGCUCCACCGCACCCGGGCCUGGGAUGGAGGACCGCCGCAUUGCUAGCAUGGCCCAGCAGGUGAAGGAGGUGCUCCCGGACAUCCCUCUCAGCGUCAUCACAAGGGACCUGGUACGGACAAACUGUGUAGACACCACCAUCACCAACCUGCUGGAGCACAGUGAGGAGACCCUAUUGGAGUCCCCCAGCGGGACCCCGUCAGGGCCAUCCCGGGGCCAUCCAGCUCCCCCAGCCCCAGCCCCAGCCACAUCCGCUAUCAAGCCAUCUGCUAACACUUUUGGGAAGUCUCCCAUUGACAGACACAUGUCCCUGAAGGAAAGGAAAGAGGCCUUGUACGAGUAUGCACGACGACGUUAUAUUGAAAAACACGGUCUGAAUCAGGAGACUGCCCCAUGAAACAGGAAGAGAGACAAACACAAAGAGGACUUCUCCGGGCAGGGCAGCCAUCGACCUCACAGCUGUAUGGACUUGCUGUAGGAGGAGGGAGAGGGGCCAGGGAAGCACUCGUCCGCGUGUGUGUGAGAGAGAUCCUGUUCUACUGGAGACUUCAGUGGCUUUUUUUGUUUUGUUUUGUUUUGUUUUUUUUUUUUUUUUUUUAAAUCUCUUGCAUGGUUGCCAUGCAUGCGUAUUUUUAAGCAUUUCUCUCUACAAAUAAGAUUAUUUUGGUAACAGUUUGUAUUAAGACCCAGUGACAGUGAAACAUGUUUUUUACAAUGUCCAAAGGUGGUGUGUAAACUGAAAUGCGGGAUUCAUCUAGGUCAAUCUCGAGGAAGACCAUCUCGAGGUUCACUAUGUUGUAAAGAUAGGUGUGAAUAAAUACAAUAUCAGCUUUUAAAAGACAUUAAAGCCAACUUUGUA